AGUGACUUGGAGGAGCAUCGCUGCUCCCUUUUUGCUUCACAGAUACCCUUCCCAAAGCACACUUUGUUGUGUGACUGCAGAGCGAUUUGUUUUGAGGAAACCGCCGUUUCCUCUCACUGCAAAGUGCAUGUUCACAGGUAGCCUAUGAUUUAUGCCAUGAGGCGAAUAGGCCUAUGAAAGAGAACCGCGCGACAAACGUCCACUGAUCCGUUAUUUGACAUCUGGACCGCAUGAGAUGAGCUGCACGUGGACAUCUACACUGACGUUGAUGGAUUUUCACUCGGUGCUGGUGGGAGAUUAACUUGACAAGUGCGCUGCAUCCUCAUCGGGCUAUGAUUAAUUUCGGGAAUAUCUGACAUGGCAAGGAUACUGUCCAUCCUCACGAAAAUCAUGCUUCUUAAAAUUCUUGCGUUCAUUCUCUUCAAAGGUGUCUUGACGUCCGACGACUCGGUCACAUCUGAGGUCAACCCCGGGAGUCUUUCAGUCUCCAGCAGGGCGUCUGGCUCCGGGAGAGCCACGGGUAUACAGCUGUCUGAGGCAACGGAGGCUAAGUUCAGACCUAAACGCUGUACCUGUUAUUCUUACAAGGAUAAAGAGUGCGUGUACUACUGCCACUUGGAUAUCAUCUGGAUCAACACUCCCGAACGCACUGUGCCCUAUGGAAUGUCGAGCUACAGAGGACCUCAGCGAAUCAGACGUGCUGUCAGUGGACAAGCAAAUGAACGUGAGGGGGCAAAGACUCAGCGCUGCAUUUGUGCCAUACUUGAGGCAGACCCUGAGUGCCAUGAUUUUUGCCUGUCAUGCCCCCUGCAGACAGUGCCAAUCAGGAGUCUCCACAGAGUCCCUGGUCCUGAAUGACAGUUUGGAAUGGACCUUUCCCUACUCUUAGCCCUGUCCAUUCUCCAUUUGACGCUCUUACCUCCACAGGCACACUCACAUUAAAGGAAAAAAAACUUUGGAGUUUGACACAGACAUUCCUCAGAUUUAAAACUACUGGAGCAAGUUCCAUCAUGCCGAUUCAUUUCAAGAACUUUUCAGCAAAUUCAAUACAGAUACCUGGAGGCUAUCACCCUUUUGUUCCCUCCUGAAAGCAGCAUGAGGGUUACUUCCACCAUGAUAUAAUAGCCAUUGACCUUGCUUCUGUCAAGCUUGAUUAGACACACCCUUUUUAUGCACGCCUGGUUAUAUUGAGGACUACACUUGACUCUCUCUUUUACAAGAAUGAGAUAAGCUUUUUUAUCAACCUAUAAGGGACAACAAAGACAUUUCUAUGACAAUGUUGGUAAUCAGAAGUGCCACAAGCAGCUAUGUAAAGUAGGAGCAAGGCAUGCUAUUGUGAUAUCUUGCCUUUAAAAAUAUCAAAGUGGGCAACAAAAAAAAGGAGAAAAGUUUUUGCCACCGGUGUUAUCGGGGAUAUUAUUGAGCUUUGGUUUAUGAGACUAUUUACAGUCGGUCUGGAAAGCAUUAACACCCUGACAGUUUGCAUAUUCUGUUCAUCUCAUUUCUUUCAGCCAUAUUGUAUCAUUUGUGCUCUUUGCAACUGAAUUAUACUAUAUGUUGUGCUUUUACCUCACCACCACUGGUAAACUCAACUUUAACUGGAGUGAAAAUAUUGAACCAUCCAUUGUUGCACUGGGUGACAUGUUCCCUCAUCAUGAUGAACAUGGACCCUGUAGUUUAUUUCGAGUCAAUCCCACAUAUAUUGUCCUCAGUGGUGGAGAAGGUAUUCCAGUCCUUUACUCAAUUAAAAGUACUAAUACCACACUUUA